AUACCGGCGAAGGGUGUCGCUACCAUCGCGAUCUGAGCCGUCUUGUAACAGCUGAUCGGAGUGUGCGAAAAAAACAAGGAAAAAUUGGAAUUUUGGUGCAAUUUGGGGCACGUUUGAGGCUCAGAAAGACUACAUUGGACCAUCAUGGUGUUAACAUAUAAGGUGGAAUUACCAACGGAAGAGGAACUAACCGUUCCGGAGGUUAAUCUUUCGGGUCCUGCUCUGAAAGCUGGAGCCUUCCAUCUAGGAAAAUAUUGCGAAUUUCAGAACAAUGAGUUUAUGCUAUGUUGUCAGGAGCUUAAGGAUCCGCGAAAAUGUCUCCAGGAGGGAAAGGCAGUAACAAGCUGUGCAUUGGAAUUUUUCCGGAAGGUGAAAAAAUCCUGUCACGAUGAAUUUACCCAAUAUGCUAAUUGUCUGGACAAGAGUAGCACGGAUUGCGCCUUUAAACCGUGCAGGAAGACUCAAGGUGUCUUUGACAAGUGUAUGCUGGACAAUCUUCAGAUCGAAAGGCCUCAUUGGGGAUACUAUUGCCGAGCAAAGAUUCACGAUAGUGAACGUCCGGCACCACCCAAGAAGGAGAAAGUUGUCUACCCGGAUGCAACACCCGGACUCCCGGAUGAUUACCCAAGAACCCCAGCUAAAUACGGUUCCCGAUACAUCUUUAUGGAGUAAAAUCACGCCAUUAAUGGCAGUAAAUAAUUGGAAUAAUAAUUAAAAUCUUCGUAGUAGAAGUGAAUUGAAUAAAUGAUGAAGGAUAUUAUA